GCGGCCUGCGAAAAAAUGAGUCACAUUCAGGCUUCUCCCUCCUCCCGAGCCCCAUCCCACCCACUCGGGCGGCUGCUGAUUGGCCGAGCGACGGGGGCUCUGCUGUGUCAAGGGGCGGCUCGGCGCCGCUUACAAAGCGCGGCGGAGAAGGUCAGCGGGGGAGACGGGCCGGGCCGGGCCGGGCUCGGCGCGCUGCUACGCGACGCUCCGCGGGCCGCAACUCGGCGUUCCACGGCGGCCCUCAGCGUUCCACGGGCCGCGGCUCAACGUUCCACGGGCCGCGCAGCGCUCCACGGGCCGCAGCAUGGAGGGAGUCGGCGCGCUGCUGGCCGCCUGCCCCGCCGCCGGCCUGGCCGGGGGGGUGGGGGUCACCGUGGGCGCCGGGCUGCUGCUCUACAAGAUCGCGCGGAGAAGCCCACGCAUGUGACCGUGAACUGUUGGUUCUGUAACCAGGACACAGUGGUGCCGUACGGGAAUCGCAACUGCUGGGACUGCCCCAACUGCGAGCAAUACAAUGGCUUCCAAGAGAAUGGAGACUACAACAAGCCCAUCCCUGCCCAGUACAUGGAGCACCUGAACCAUAUUGUGUCAGGUGCCACCACCUUCUGCGACCCCACCAAGCCCCAGCAGUGGGUGAGCAGCCAGCUCUUGCUGUGCAAGAAAUGCAACAACCACCAGACCAUGAAGAUCAAGCAGCUGGCAUCCUUCUCGCCCCGGGAGGAGGGUAAAUAUGAUGACGAGAUUGAGGUGUAUAAGCACCAUCUGGAGCAGACCUACAAGCUGUGCCGCCCGUGCCAGGCCGCUGUGGAAUACUACAUUAAACACCAGAACCGACAGCUCCGGGCACUGCUGCUCAGCCACCACUUCAAGCGCCGUGACUCUGACAAGGCUUUUGCUCAGACCUUUUGCUCAUCAUCUUCCUCCACACCUGUGACCACCCCUGCUCAGGUGAUAGUCUUACGGUUCCUGGCCUUCCUCAGCUGUAUGUUCCUUGUCCUGCUGGCCUUGUAUGGGCCAGGCGACCCCUUUUCCCACAAAAUUGCACCCCCUGCUCCUAUCUCUUCUGGCCCGAUGGCCAUUGGGAACAUGACUGGAGGGAGCCCAGCAACAGCCUCGGACAACAGCACCCUUCUGGAGGUCACAAGGUGGUGGGAGCUGCUUCACCUGCUGCCAGAGCAGAUGGUGGAGAACUUGAGCGUUGCUUGGAGGUACGGGAGGAACCAUCAGAUGGCAGUUGUCGUCCUUGGGCUGCUCACCUGCAUGUUAGCCAUGCUCCUGGCUGGACGGAUCAGGCUCCGGAGAAUCGAUGCCUUUGCCUCGGUCCUGUGGUUCCUGCUGAUGGGCCUGCACGUGGUGGAGAAGUACCUGAAGACAGAUGUGCCCACCUGGCUGGACACGGCUAAAUUCGGCACCACGUCCCUGUGCUGCCUGGUGGGCUUCACUGCAGCGGUGGCCACGCGGAAAUCAACAGGCCAGCGGAGAUACCGGCCCCGAAGGUAUCUUUCUGGGGAUCUGGUCACUCCGUUUCCCAAUGGCACUGGGAUUGGCUUCCCUUCUUCCACUACUUCUCCAUCUCUCUUCAUCCCAACACCUCCCAGUAUCCUCCAGCUGACAAACCAGCAGCUCUUCAGAUCCCCGCGCAGGGCUUCCUCCUCUUCACUCCCUGGACGUCUGAACAGGGCCCUGUCUCUGGGCACCAUCCCGUCCCUGGCCAGGGCAGAUUCUGGGUACCUGUUCAGCGGAAGCCGCCCAGCAUCCCUAACCUCGCAGUCCAAAGAGUCCCCUGCAUCAGAGUACUUCUCCCUCCUCUCUGGAAGCUGUGCUCCAUCCCGCAUCCCGUCUCCAGCGCCGUCGGUGGCUGGGUCCGUCACCUCCAGCACAGGCUCCUUGCGCUUCCGCCGGCCGCUCAUCAGCCCUGCCCGCCUGAACCUGAAAGGACAGAAGCUGCUGCUUUUCCCAUCCCAGAGCGAUGCCCUGCACACCCCGACCAGUUCGGAUGACCGCACCCACUCGGACAACAACAUUUUUGCCACCGAGCUGUCCCCAUUCGCAAAGAAGAGCCUUGGUGACCGGAGUAGGCAAGAUCUGAGGUUGGUCAUGGAAAAAGGAAGCAUUUGCAGCGAUAACUCCAUCAAAAAAGAGGAUAAUUCAUCACAUUCAUCCAACUGCGUGGUAGACACGACUACCAAGGGGGAAGAGCUGGCAGGUUGGAGAGGUCGUUUCGGUAACUCUGUUAUCCGAGGUCUCCUUGCUGUGAGCCUGACGCUUAAUGCUGUCUUCACAUCAGCCUACCUCUACCAGAGCCUGCGCUGAUCCACACCAAGCCCUCCUCCUCCUGGUUCACCCGCUUUCCGAGAGACUCUGACGAGAAGAAUUCAACCACGGCUUUGUCAGGGCCGUGCCACUGGUGCAUGCUGCUUUUCAACUGUUGUCUGCCAGGCUGCCACGACAAGAAACCAGGUAUCUGCUCCUGCUGCCAUCUCCGAGAAGAACAUGUCUAAGAACUGGAGUAGGCAGGACUUGUAGCAAUACCUGGCUCGAAGUGAGGAUGACCAAACAGCCCUUGCACCUUCUCUGCAAGGAACUGGUCUGGCAUGAGCUUGAGAAGGUAUAAACUCCUUGGUUGGCUUUUUCUCAGUUCCUCUUCCUACCACGUUAACCAACCUCCUGCAGAUGGUUUUGGUGACUUGAGGAAAAUUACACCAAAUAAGCUGGAAAAGGGAGGUGGGUAAAUGGCUGGUCCUGGGUUUUGGCUAUUGAAACAGCUUCCCCAACAUAGCUUUCUUCAUGGCUCCUAGUUUCUCUCUCUCUCGUGCUGUCCUGCUAGCUCCGUCUGAGCAACCUGUGUUCUUAGGGUGGCCUGAGCCCGUAGGUGACCUUAGCUGCUCUAUGAUUUGCUACCCACAGCCUCUCAAGCCAGGUGCCAUCCUGUAUGGCUGGCUCCCAGAAUCUGUUUACCAUGCCUUGCUCGAACUGGCACAGUUGCUGCAGGGAUGGGCAAACCCUUGCAUGGACUUCCUUUCAUGUUUGCGUUAAAAAGGCAAAGCUCACGCACCCUUUGCCUUGCUGGGAGGCACCAGUUUUUCUGUAGUGCGAUUGUGUCCCACUGUUGUUGCAUCGUACUUCAAGGGCUCCAUCGUGCUGCUCUUGCUGCCUGUGUUCACGGAGCAGAGGGCAGCACGGCUCAUUCUUACUGUACAUCACACGCCUACUGCGAGGAGCUGCUCCAAGAAGUCCUGGACGUGCCUCGCUCUACAACCUUGCCUCCUCUUGGCAGGUGUGGGCUGGGGAGGAGGGGGUUUUCUGGGAUGGCUUUGGUAAUAAUGAUUUAUCUUCUGCUUAGCUCAACUCCCAGUCUCAGCUAGAAAUGCCAAACCUGCACUGACCCAGCUAAGCAAGCUGGAUGCCUCAUGAAAUCUAAAGGAGCUAGCCCCAGUUUCUAGUUUAGGGAGCCUUGGUUUUUUGGGUGCCCAGUUUGAGAUGCCUUGCUGGAACUUGGUUCUUCUUUUUCCCCAAAAGGCUCGUGCUGAGCACGGCCUGGGAGAUGGGAUGAGCCAAGGAGUCAGGUUGGGCACUGAAAAUCACUGCUCAGGUCUGGAAAUGUCUGAAUUCCUACAUCCCCAGCCAUGGGAGUGGGUGGGGGGCCCUAGAGGGGAAACUCAAUGGCUUUGCCGUGAACAUGUCCUAAAGGGAGAUUUGGCUGAGGCUGAGGUCCUGGAGCAUGACUGGGCUCCCUUGGGAAUUUUCUGCUGCCCUUCUCUCUCUCUCUCUCUCUCUCUGGCCUGUGUCUUAAAUCCUCCUGUCCCUCCCUAUCUUUCGCUGCUGAGCUGUUGCAAUGUGCUGGCCGUUUCCUCUGCCCACACCCUGGUGCAGUCUCCCUCGAGCGCUCCUCCUCAACAUGCACUGCCUGUCUGCUGGUGACGAGACACUUCCCCACUCAUCUGCAUUCCCACCUCAUGGGCUUUCCAGACAAUCUCAGCGUUUCUUGUAUGAUGCUCAUAGAGUUGGCCCAGCCUCACUUGGCCAAUAAAGUAACAGUCUGGCGUGCUAAUCGACAUGCUGGAGACCAGGGCAAAAGGGGUUCUGCGGCUGGCAACUUGAAAUCAGAAAAAGCAAAUCUCUCUCUUUAUUUCUCAACUGUUCCUGCGUUAUCCCCACGACCCAUUUGAAGCCGCUGUUACUGAUGCUCACUGACGGCUGAAACCCUUUUGUUACUGCCUUCUCUGCUUCUCAUUAAGAGUCUGUGGAAGAGUGAUUCCUGACUCUGCACCUUUACGCUAGUCUCCUUUGGAGGUUUGACCCCAGGCUUUAAACCAGGCAUUGCCUUUGGCAAUGCCUAAAUUCAGAAUAGCAAUGGCAUCAGAAAUAGAAAUAGUUGACCCUGCUUUCAGCUGAUUUAUUUACUCUUUGCAACUUGCAUGAGUUGGGUUAGGCCACAACCUGGCUGUGAUGAGUUUUGGGUUGAACUGAGUGUGCACAUAGGCAAGGAGCAGGUGGGCAAUUCUACAAGCUUCUCCACAGGGCCAUGCCAUUGUAUUCAAUCCUGACUUGAAUCAAGACACGGCAUCCUUCUCAUGGACUCAAGACUUUUUUUUCUAGGGCACCCAGCUGUCUUGCAAGCAGAGGCUAUCCUGCCAGAGUGUCGGGUGAGCCUUGGGUGUCUUUCUGAUGGUGACAGACGUGCACUGUGACUUCACUUAUGCAAUUCACUCGUUUUUCUUCUCGUCCCGCAAUCUGUGCUGCAUUCACUCAUGCUGCACCUAACAUGUGGCUCCAUUUACCUUGGCCUUUAUUUGUCCUCACCAAACUGCAAUGUCGCCCUUGGCAGCAGCGGUGGCUCUGUAGCCUCCUACUCCCACCUCUCACACAUUUCGUCUUGUUUUGGCAAUCCUUUAAUUCCACUUCAUUACGCUUCUGAGUUGGAUGAUGGUUCAGUUCCUGGCUGGGUAUUUGUGUCAUCUUGUCCAAAGUAAUUUUUAAAGACUUUGGAUUUUAUUGCUUAAAAGGCAAACAACAAACCCUUUCAAUCUGGUGCUAGAACACUCUUGAGUGGUGCUAUCACUGAUGCAAAGCCUUCACUUGUAUUAAUGCACAUGUGUAUAAACUUAUUGGGAGGGUUCCUUCAUUUGAAAGAUCUGAGCCCAUGUUUGUCAUUUUAUUGUCAGCCUUAAUCCAACUACCGGAUGCUGUGUCCAUUUUGCUGCUGUUCUCCUAUAAUGCUGGUUUGGAGGAAUCAAAGAAUCUGGUUCCUCAAUAAGAUUCCUUGUAUGCGAAUGGCUGGUGACAUUGGGUUUAAUACAAUACUGUUCAGGGCAGGAAUUUUAUUUUUCUAUAUUUUUUUUUUUUUUUCUGCUGUAAAAGCCUUGGGGGGUGUGGUGGAAGGGAUGGGGAGGGAUGUCACAUUUCUGUACACUAAAGAUUUGAGCUUUACUUAAGUUCAAGGAGGGUUAUGAAGUGGGAUGCAUUUUUGUCUCCAGAACUCCCCCAUCCCACAGCCUCCCUUAGAGGCACAUGUACUUUGUCUGUGUGCUCGGGUUUAUUAUGCAUGUCCUAAGACCCUGUAGAGACUUCCUAUUGUUAUGCUUGUUCUGAACUAAGAGGCUCUUAGACUCCAAAUCCUGCAUUUCCAGAGUCUGGCUAUAUUAAUGGAUGCAGUAGGUAUUUUUUGAGGAGGAGAGAACUUGGAAGGAAAAGACACUGAUCUAUGACAGUAACCAAAUCUUGUGUCACCUCCGCUUGUAAGUGGUUAUUUUGAAUAAGGGCUGAAGUUGGCUGUUGGUUUCCCUGAGCCAAACUCACUCAGUACCACCUGCCUGCUCAGAAGGGUUUGGCUGCUGAAUAUUUCAAUCCCGCACUCCUUUCCUGGGUGACAGGAGCAUCAUGAAAUACUACUGAACCAGCUGGGGUUCCCUACAGUGAAACAGCUGGCAGGAGAAUUGUUCCACCUCUGGAUGCUCCUGUAGUCUCCAGCCAUCAUUCCUGGAAAUAACAAUAGUCUUAACCUCUAUCCUGGAUGUCUGUAAGUAGGUUAGAAAGGGCCAGUUUGGCCAGUGCAAUGAAGCUUUCUCCAACAUUGCCUCCAGAUGUGAUUGUCGGGGUGGGGGUGGGGGUAUUGGGGAAGGGGAUGGGUACCUGCUGAUAGUGUCGGGGGGGUGGGGGGAGACGACAAUAAUGAGGAGUCCUAAACCUCAUCCCCUACUAAAGAAAUGUUGUAUGUUCCAUGUAUGCUUGUUUUGGGCUCUAAACUCUGUACAGUUGAGUUACUUUGUGCUCCAGCUGAGGGGGCAGACUGUCCCCAGGAGGUUUUUUAGUUCAUGCUCUGUGUUUAAAGAGGAUUAUUUUUCUUUAGAAAAUAAAAAGGCAAAAAAAUUGAAAUUUUAAA